GUUGGCCAGUCCGACAGUUCGAGACUCCACGCACCAGCUGUACCGGUUGGUUAGCAAGGGUAUGGCCAGGCAGGCAGUUCCAGAGUCCCCGUCCCCGGACCAUUACUGUACGAUCAUAUGAUCAACAGAGAUAUUAUUAUGCUGGCCAGGCAGGCAGUUCGAUACCCCGUGCACCAGCACCGCACGGUCAGCAGGUAUAUUAUGCUGAUGAGUCGGUAGCCCAGACGGGUCUUCUGACGAGUCCGCAUCAUAUGACGAUGCGUACGAUAUUUCUUCUCCUGGACCCCCACCGCAUCAUACACCUCCUGCUCAGCAUACACCUCCUGCACAGCAUGCGUCUCCUGCACAGCCUGCGGCUCCUGCACAGCAUACGGCUCCUGUUCAGCCUACUAUUCCACGACAGGCUG